AUGCCUGGCGAUUGUCGUCUCUUGUCGCUGUCGCCACGUCUGUUUUUGGUGAUUGUCGUUGGGCGUCUUCGUGGUCGCUUGCAAGGCGAUGGGGCAGAAGGAAGGAAAAAGAGGAAAAAGGGCAGGCAGAUCGAUGCAGUUCGUGGUGCGAUUGUCAGCAAAUUGGGAAACAUGGAACAGCGGCGGGUGGGGGGCGAGAGGCCAGACCGUCAGGGGUCAGGGGGACAAAUUCAGCAGCAGCUAGGGUCAGCCCAGUCCAGAGGUCGUCGCCAGCCCAGCUUGGCCAGGGCGCAGCGCGUAGGGACCUUGGUCGAGUGGGGCGGCAAAUCCCCCAUUCUGCUCUAG